AUGAGGCCCAUGGAGACAAUUCAGGAUCUGAUUGAGGAGGCCAAGAUUCGAACCGUGUGGUGGGGAUUGUGUAUCUUCGCCGUUACAUACUUUUUAUCUCAUACAAGUUCGUCGAUGUGGAUUAACCUCCCGAUGUCAAUUCUUUUAGUUUCUGCAUUAAGGGUAUUGUCUAACGAAGUAGAGUUCUACUGGAAACCAUGCAACAAAUUCCGCCCACAAUCAUAUUUGUCCCAUUUGGAGAAGAAGCAAUUAUCUGUAAAUGACUCUCGGCUUUCUUCUGCACCACCGCCUCCUAGAUGGAGGAGGAAAAUUGAUUCGCUCAUCGUGGAGGCUUCAGUCAAUGAUUUUAUUGAUAAGAUAAUGAAGGAUUUUGUGGUGGAUCUCUGGUACUCUGAAAUUACACCUGACAAGGAAGCCCCUGAGUUGAUCCGUGCAGUAAUUAUGGAUGCUCUUGGCGAGAUAUCAGGGAGGGUUAAAGAAAUUAACCUCGUUGAUCUUUUAACAAGGGAUAUACUUGACUUAAUAGGAGAUCACUUGGACCUUUUUAGACGAAAUCAAGCUGCUAUUGGUGUUGAUGUAAUGAGAACUCUCUCUACCGAGGAGCGAGAUGAGAGGUUGAAAUACCAUCUAAUGGAAUCUAAGGAGCUUCAUCCAGCUUUGGUAUCUUCAGAGAGUGAGUACAAGGUUAUUCAGCGGAUAAUGACUGGGGUUUUAGCUGUAGUGCUAAGACCCCGAGAAGCUCAAUCCCCCUUGGUAAGGACUAUUGCCCGAGAGAUUGUCACUUGCUUGGUAAUGCAACCUGUUCUGAAUCUUGCAAGCCCUGUGUAUAUCAAUGAGGUGAUUGAAUACAUAUUGCUUGUCGUAAUAGAUAAUAGCCCAAAGGACACAGGAAGUGAUCAGGCCACUGGAGUUGCAAAUAGUGGCGCAUCGGUCUUGCGGAAAAGUUCAUCAUUCGAUCCAUCCAGUGGUGUUACUCCAACUAAGUCUGGAACCCAUGAAGACACCUCAGUGGGUGAUGGUGUAGAUCACCCAGACUCUCCACCCCAUGCUGCUUGGGGGAAAAUGCUAGAGGCUGCUACACAGAGAAGAACCGAAGUUCUCACACCUGAAAAUCUUGAGAAUAUGUGGACUAAAGGUAGCAAUUAUAAGAAAAAAGAGAAUAAGAUUGCAAAAGCUGGUGGACUGCGGGCUAGGUCAAAGGUGUCUUCAAUGAGCAAUGUUGAUUUCACUUUCAGUACGGAGAAAGAAUCACCAACUACAAGCACUGUGAUUCAGAAAAUAACAGACGGAAAAGUUGGUGGGCACCUAAUGCCUCAACUAAGUCUUGAUAAUUCAUUAAUCAAUGAAAAGAAAAAUGAGAAACAUUUUAUAGCCGGUCAGAGUACGGAUUAUACUUUGGCUGGAGUUGAUACUAUUGAUGAAUCUGAGAUUACUAGCAAGCCUUCUAUGAAUGAAAACGGGGCUAAGCUUAAGCGGUCAAGUAGCACCUCUGCUCUGGAACACCAGCCUGAAAAGAAAAGGGCAAUAGAAGGGGAACAUGGAGAUUCCAUUAUUUCAGAAUACUACGCUGCAGAUUUUGUUGGGCAUGCUUCGGAUCCUGAUGUUAAGAUCAUUCCUGAUAAAGUAUUGCGCAGUGAUGAGGCUACUCUUCCCAAGCUGAGGUCCCGGGUCAUGGGAGCAUACUUUGAGAAGCUUGGAUCAAAGUCCUUUGCAGUUUAUUCAAUUGCAGUGACAGAUGCAGAUCGCAGAACUUGGUUUGUGAAAAGAAGAUAUAGUAAUUUUGAGAGGUUGCACAGACAUCUUAAGGACAUUCCUAAUUACACCUUGCAUAUGCCUCCCAAAAGGAUCUUCUCAUCAAGCACAGAGGACUCUUUUGUUCAUCAACGCUGUAUUCAGCUUGAUAAAUAUCUCCAGGAUUUAUUGUCCAUUGCUAAUGUGGCUGAGCAGCAUGAAGUUUGGGAUUUUUUAAGUGCUUCCUCUAAGAAUUACUCAUUUGGGAAAUCUUCUUCAGUGAUGAAAAACCUGGCAGUCAAUGUGGAUGAUGCUGUGGACGAUAUUGUGCGGCAAUUUAAAGGGGUUUCAGACGGCUGGAUGCGUAAAGUUGUCGGUUCAACUUCCCAGAUGGAUGAUUCCAGUUCUCCAAGCUAUAGCAGGAAUUUGAAUUGGAAUUUAGAUGAGACUAUUAAGCCUGUGCAUGGGCAAGAUUCCAUGGGUACUGAAAACAGCUCUUCUGACAAUGAUGACAGUCAUCAUCAAGAGGACCAAGACCAAGAAGAUGUGGGACCCGGUGCUCAAGCUAGUGGCUGGCAUUCAGAUAACGAAGUUGACUCGAGGACUUUGCCAACGCGAGUGAUGAAACGGGAUGAUGAGAUGUCAAAGAGCUUAAAUUUAAAGCGAACAGAUGACUCCGUCAUUAAAUAUGAUGGUAGUAAACAAGGCCUACCUUCUCCUGUGACUUCAGCCUUAGGUUCUACUCGCUUAGAGGAUCCAGUUGGUAUGCCACCUGAGUGGACUCCACCUAACGUCAGCGUGCCCCUGUUGAAUCUAGUUGACAAGGUGUUUCAGCUUAAAAGAAGAGGUUGGCUGAGGAGACAAGUGUUUUGGAUGUCCAAGCAGAUCGUGCAAUUGAUGAUGGAAGAUGCCAUCGAUGACUGGCUCCUGAGUCAGAUCUAUUGGCUUCGGAGAGAGGAGACUAUAGCCGUAGGGAUUCGAUUGGUGCAAGAUAUUCUUUGGCCAAAUGGAACUUUCUUCACAAAAAUUGGUGUCGCUCAAACCAAAGCUGCUGAUGAAGCUCAACAAAAUCGGAAUUCUUUUCAGUUGGGCCAGUUUGGUGGCAUUAGCAAGGCCUCUAAGCAAAUUUCCUUUGAGGAACAACUUGAAGCUUCUCGCAGAGCAAAUUAUAUCAGGAAAACACUCUUUGAUGGAGUCCCAACAGCCUUAGUCAGCUUGAUUGGUGCGAAGCAAUACAAGCGUUGUGCACGGGAUAUCUUCUAUUUCACUCAGUCUACUAUUUGUAUAAAGCAGCUUGCAUAUGCAAUUCUCGAGCUCUUGUUGGUGACGGUCUUCCCUGAGCUCCAGGAUCUUCUGCGGGAAAUUCACGAGAAGAUGCCUGUCCCUACCUCUGCUUAG